UGCACAAAACCCAAAAGAUAAUGGGCCUGCUUAUGAUGUCAACAUGAGUAAAAACAAAGGAACUGUAAUUAGCCUUAAGAAAAUCCCUGACAGUUCCAUUCCAUUGCUUAAGACAGUUGCCAAAAGUUUAGCCCAGAACCUGCAUGAUGGAAAGUAUCUAGCUGAGGACUGGCAUGACCAGCAAAUCCAUGGGAAAACUCUGCUAGGCCGGGACAGGCAUGACUAUGUAACACACAUGGAUAAAUCUGAAAAUAGAUCAAUGUAGAACAACUAAAGGGAACAGGGCGGAAGUUGUUAGCCAUUGAUGACUUUUUGGAUAAAGCAAAGGAUAUACUUGGUGGCGGUGAUGAUAAUGAUGUGAUAAAUAAUGACAAGGAUUUGAUUGAACAGAAUGGACCUAAACUUGUUAGAGUUGGCGUGGACCAUUUACUUCAGGGGAUGAAAAUGAACUUGUUAACAAUUUAAAAGACAUGCUUGGUAAAGAUGGUCAUGACUUAUUCAACCAUGGAAAAACUAUUGGUCAAAAACUAUUGGGAGGUGAUGACCAUGAUAAAGUUCCCCAUGGAAAUGGACUCCUAGGUGGAGAUGACCAUGAUAAAGUUCCCCAUGGCACCAAAAUGAUGGGUGGAGAUGACCAUGAUAAAGUUCCCCAUGGAAAUGGACUCCUAGGUGGAGAUGACCAUGAUAAAGUUCCCCAUGGCACCAAAAUGCUGGGUGGAGAUGACCAUUAUAAAGUUCCCCAUGGCACCAAAAUGCUGGGUGGGGAUGACCAUGAUAAGGUUCCUCAUGGAAAUGGACUCCUAGGUGGAGAUGACCAUGAUAAAGUUCCCCAUGGCACGAAAAUGCUGGGUGGAGAUGACCAUGAUAAAGUUCCCCAUGGCACCAAAAUGCUUGGUGGAGAUGACAAUGAUAAAGUUACCCAUGGCACCAAAAUGUUGGGUGGGGACGGACAUGAUAAAGUUCCCCAUGGCACCAAAAUGAUGGGCGGAGAUGACCAUGAUAAGGUUCCUCAUGGCAACAAAAUGCUGGGCGGAGAUGACCAUGAUAAAGUUCCCCAUGGCACCAAAAUGCUUGGUGGGGGUGACCAUGAUAAAGUUCCCCAUGGCACCAAAAUGCUUGGUGUUGAUGACCAUGAUAAAGUUUCCCAUGGCACCAAAAUGCUGGGUGGGGAUGACCAUGAUAAAGUUUCCCAUGGCACCAAAAUGCUGGGUGGUGAUGACCAUGAUAAAGUUUCCCAUGGCACCAAAAUGCUAGGUGGGGAUGACCAUGAUAAAGUUCCGCAUGGCACCAAAAUGCUGGGUGGGGACGGACAUGAUGAUUGCCACAUUGGAAUGUUCAAAGACUUCAAGAAGCAGUUCAAUAAAUUAUAUGGAUCACAGAAAGAGGAGGAGAAGCGUUACCAGGUGUUCUGUGACAACAUGCGGGCAGCGAGGAAACUGCAGCAAACUGAAAAGGGGUCUGCUAGAUACGGGGCCACCAAGUUUGCUGACCUCACUAAGGAGGAAUUUAAGCGUCACGUGGGCAAGCGGUGGGGCACAGGGGCCAACUGGUGGAUGAAGAAGGCUGAAAUCCCAGGCGGUCCAGUCCCUGACUCCUUCGACUGGCGUGAUCAUGGAGCUGUCACACCCGUCAAAAACCAGGGUUCAUGUGGCAGUUGCUGGGCCUUCUCUACUACUGGAAACAUCGAGGGACAGUGGGCCAUAAAGAAAAGGAAGCUUGUUUCCCUCUCUGAACAAGAGUUGGUGGACUGUGACAAAGUGGAUGAAGGGUGUAACGGCGGGCUGCCCUCCAAUGCCUACAAGGAAAUUGAACGACUUGGUGGUCUUGAGACAGAAACAGACUACAAGUACGAGGGCCAUGAUGAGAGCUGCCACUUUAAUCGCUCCGACGUGCGUGUCUACAUCAACGACUCUGUGUCUAUCUCCUCCAAUGAGACAGAAAUGGCGGCCUGGUUGGCCAAGAAUGGACCAAUCUCAAUUGGCAUAAAUGCCUUUGCUAUGCAAUUUUACAUGGGAGGUAUAUCUCACCCCUGGAAGAUCUUCUGCAACCCGGGAAGCUUGGACCAUGGAGUGUUGAUUGUAGGAUACGGUGUCCAUGAGAGUGAACCGUAUUGGAUUGUGAAGAACAACUUGUUCACAAUACACAAUUAA